AUGACUAGUCCAAUUUCCGCGAAACAUCUCUUUACGUGGAUUAUUCUGGAAAAACAGAGGAAUCACUCUGUUUCAAAGAGUUAUGGUGGUUCAGUAAGCAUACGUCGUCGUUUUGUUCUUCCUCUUCUACUUGCAUUCACUUGCUUCUCUCUCAGAUUCUGUUUCGGCGAAGACAGAAUCACGUUCUCAACUCCGAUCAAAGACUCAGAGUCAGAGACCCUCCUGUGCAAAAGUGGUAUCUUCAGGUUUGGUUUCUUCACUCCUGUUAAUUCCACUACUCGGUUACGUUAUGUUGGGAUUUGGUACGACAAGAUUCCACUUCAAACUGUGGUUUGGGUUGCUAAUAAAGACACACCCAUAAACGACACUUCCGGUGUUAUCUCGAUCUAUAAAGAUGGGAAUCUUGCGGUCACCGAUGGUAGGAACCGCCUUUUAUGGUCGACGAAUGUUACGGUACCAGUGGCUGCUAAUGCUACUUGGGUUCAGCUAAUGGAUUCUGGGAAUCUUAUGUUACAAGAUGACAGAAACAAUGGUGAGACACUGUGGGAGAGUUUUAAGCAUCCUUAUGACUCUUUCAUGCCAAGAAUGACUCUUGGGACCAACGGUAUAACCGGAGACAAUCUAAAGCUUACUUCUUGGAGAAGCCAUGAUGAUCCUUCAACAGGGAACUACACAGCUGGUAUAGCUCCUUUCACGUUCCCUGAGCUUCUAGUCUGGAAGAACAAUGAUAUAUCCUGGCGUAGCGGACCGUGGAACGGUCAGGUUUUCAUCGGUUUACCCAAUAUGGAUUCGCUUCUGUUUCUUGAUGGGUUUAAUCUCAACAGUGAUAACCAAGGCACCAUUUCAAUGUCUUAUGCUAAUGACUCGUUUAUGUGUCACUUUAACUUGGAUCCUGACGGAGCUAUAUAUCAGAAAGAUUGGAGUACUUCUAUGAGAACUUGGAGGAUCGGUGUAAAGUUUCCAUUCACAGACUGUGAUGCAUAUGGUAGAUGUGGUCCAUACGGGACCUGCGAUACCAGGGAAAACCCGCCUUGUAUAUGCGUUAAAGGGUUUGUACCAAAGAACAGCACAGAGUGGAAUGGAGGUAAGUGGAGUAAUGGAUGUGUGAGGAAAGCUCCAUUGCUGUGUGAAAGACAGAGAAAUGUGAGUAAUGGUGGUGGUGGUGGAGGGAAGGCAGAUGCGUUUUUUAAACUGCAGAAGAUGAAAGUGCCAGUCAAUGCGGAACGGUCUCAAGCUAAUGAGCAAGUCUGUCCUAAAGUAUGUUUAGAUAACGGUUCUUGCACGGCUUAUGCUUAUGAUAGAGGAAUCGGAUGCAUGCUUUGGAGUGGGAACUUAGUUGAUAUGCAAUCAUUUUUGGGAAGUGGCAUUGAUCUUUAUAUUCGAGUUGCACAUUCAGAACUUAAAACUCACAGCAAGCUAGCGAUUAUGAUCGCAGCACCUGUGAUAGGCGUUACGCUUAUCGCUGCAGUAUGUAUUCUUUUAGCAUGCCGGAAGUUCAAAAAGCGUCCAGAGCCAGUGAAAGAUAGAAGUGCUGAGAUAUUGUUUAAAAGAAUGGAAGCACUUACAAGUGAUAACGAGUCUGCUUCUACCCAAAUCAAGCUCAAGGAGCUUCCACUAUUUGAUUUUCAAGUGUUAGCAACAUCCACCGAUAACUUCUCUUUAAGAAACAAGCUCGGUCAAGGCGGGUUUGGUCCUGUUUAUAAAGUAAAAGCAGUAUACAGGAAUAAGUACUGAUUGCAAAAGAAAGAAAAAAAUUUUGAUUAACUAAUGAUGAAAAACCAUUGCUAAAAAUCAAAACACAAGAGAAAGGGAAGUUUCUUGGCUGCUCUAGAAUAAUUUUGUGCAGGCAAGUCAAGGUUGUUGUGUAGUUAAUGAAUCCAUGAAAAGUCAAAACUGAUGUUAUAUUCUUAUCCACUAUCCACGUUUGUUUCUAUGUACUAUUGCAAACCAACCCAAAAGACAAUACCAAUAAUAGUGUUUUCAUUUC